AUGGCGGAAACCAAAAUAAUAUACCACAUCGACGAGGAGGAGACGCCGUAUUUGGUGAAGAUUCCGAUUCCUGCCGAAAAUAUCACUUUGUUAGAUUUUAAACAGGUCUUGAACAAGCCCAACUACAAAUUCUUCUUUAAGUCUAUGGACCAGGAUUUCGGGUGAGUGAGAGCCAGUGAUGGAUGAUUGUGCGGGAUAAUAAAGCAGAAAACCAACCAAAUGAGUCCAGCAGUAGUUCAUUAGAUACAUUGUUGCAAAGUCUAUUUCUCUUUCACUAUACUCCCAAAGACACAAAGGGUGAACUGUUGCUACUCUUUAACGUUAGUUACAAUAGCUAGCUAGUAACAAUUUAACUAACUAAUUGUUACAGUGCAAAUCUCGCAUGAUCCAAUGUUGCAAAUGAAAAGUCUAAUUCAGUAACUAGGUUUACAGAUUUUCAUGCCAAUAUUAAAAACAUCUGCAUAAAAACAACAUGCGCAUUUUCCCACCAGAGAUGUUUCAAUCAAAUUGACUUGUUGUGGAUAAAAGUCUGUGCUUGACGACAUAGUGCAUAUAAAAAUACCUUUAGCGGUUUAAUUUAAUAGUGUGCAAUUCGGGGCAUAACUGCAUCUGCAGGAACGCCCCCUCGAGCAUCCCAUUGGUUCCUUCAUGAACCCCCUCCCCCUGUUCAAAAGGGAAAUAAAAGUAUUAUCAGAGUUUUUUUUCGCCCCCGCCUCCCGGAGUCCUCCUUGCUAGCUAGCGGAAUGACACCGCUAGACAGUGUCCUUCGCUCCCGCCUGCCGAACACCUGCCCUCACUGUCGUUAACAAAACUGUGGGAAAACAGUGCCUGACAGGUGGGGGCUAUGGACACUGUCUACCAUUGUCGCUUCCGCUAGCAUAACAGGUGGGAGGAUGGGGGGGACACCAUGUGCUAGCUGUCUUGCUAAUUAGCGACACCGUUUGCUAGUUAGCUAGCACACAGUGUUGCCCCCGCCUGCUGUGUACAGGAGAAAACCGUGCUGCGGCGACACCGGGUGUUAGCUAACUAGCUAGCUUGCUAGUUAGGGACACCGUGGCUGGCAUGCAACGCACAAUAACUCCCACAGAAGAAGGGGCAGGGCCGACAACAGUAGGUAGCUAGCCGUACACCGGUAGACAGUGUCCUUCCUCCCUGCCUGUCGGGCAACGUUUUCCCGCAGUUCUGUCAUUGACGCCGAGGGCAGGCGGGAGCGAAGGACACAAUGUCGCCUCCUGCCUGUUGUGUACUGGGCUAGCUGGCUAAGCUAGCACAGUGUCCUUUGCUCCCACCUGCUGAACACCUGCCCUCGAGAUGAAGGACACUGUCUACCGGUGUACGGCUAGCUACCUACUGUUGUCGGCAGUGUUGCCAACUCCUCAGUAAGGAAAGUAGCUAUUGGCUGUCCUAAAAGUCGCUAGAAGUCGCAAAAUUACGUCAUCACCUAAUUUGCAUAAUUGGCCAUGUGCAUGUAAUUGUGAUGGAUGCUGUAGGAGAGAGGAAUAACGUCCUGGGAGAGACAGAAAGUGAGUAAAAAACACCCUACAUUUACAUCAGCCAGCGGCGGCUUCCCGCAUGCGCAAUUCAUUUACAGUCUGGAUGCAGAGGGGUGAACAUCUCCUGCUCUGACUGCAGCUGGGAGGGACUGCUGCGUGAGGACUGGGCCGCCUGUGAGUGCUUUGGGACGGGGGUGGGGCCCAAGGCAGCACCCACUGCUCGUUGAGAAGAGUAAGAACGAUACGUGCGUUCACGUCAGAGUCUCCAAUAACACCAGAAAAAGUCACUAAAUUUGUCGCUAGUCACUUUUUUGAAAAUGUGUUGCUAAGAGGGGUCUGAAAACACGCUAAAUAUAGCGACAAAGUCGCAAAUUUGGCAACACUGGUUGUCGGCCCCACCCCUUCUUCUGUGGGGUUGAUCGGUGGCUGGCAUCCAACGUUAUUGUGGGUUAACACCACCUACUAACCUGGAACACCCCCAUCUCCCGCAGCUUAAAAAUGGACCAAUAGAAGUAUAAAGAGGGGUUCCUGCAGAUGCAGGAAUGCCCACAUGCAGGAACGCCCUGAAUUGUAAGUUGCAAUUUUCUCAGUAAUUUGAUGUACCAAAUAAAAAAUACACGUUAAAUGGGUUUCCAUCACAUUUUCAACUCUACUGAUGGUUUUCUCACAAACAAUUUUGCGUUUAUAUAGCGAGUGUGCCCACUCUGGUAUUGGUACAUGCACUCUAGCAAACAGCUGGCGGAGAUACAGUACCGUUAUAGGCUAUAUGAGAUUAAUAUGGACAAAAGAGCGAGAUUAUUUUUAUUUGUCAAACUGCAUUUGAUCAUGUCACCAGAAUAAGACCCUCGAUAUUUAUUCGAAAGAAGCAUCAAGCUCAUCACCUUGCACUUUCAACACCCAGUGAAGUUAAUAACCUAUUUAAUCUGUAGCCUAAUAAACUGCAUGCUUUCCCAACAAGUCUUAGUGGGAGGACCACACGUCGAUGAUGGUUAUUAUACUGCAUCAUUAUUUGUGCAUAAAAGUGUUUCCAGCUACAUUUCUCGCAUAAUUAAUUCUACAGACACAAAAAGAUCCCACCUUGACUAGUGUAUUUUGUUUCAUCGACAUUUGGAAUGUUUACAUUUUAGUCAUUUAGCAGACGCUCUUAUCCAGAGCGACUUACAGGAGCAAUUAGGGUUAAGUGCCUUGCUUAAGGGCACAUCGACAGAUUUUUCCCCUAGUCGGCUCGGGGAUUAGAACCAGCGACCUUUCGGUUACUGGCACAACGCUCUUACCCACUAAGCUACCUACUUACAAGUGUUCUGAUUCUAUCAGGCUUGUUGUGACAUUUUUUUAUCCGAUGUACUUUACUCACAUAAAAAGGUUGGAUGGAAAUAAAGCUGGUUAGUAACCAGGUUUCAAUCCAACCUUUUUCUGCGAAUAAAGUACAUGUCGGAUAAAAAAUGUCACAACAAGCCUGAUGGAAACAGCAAAUUUGUCUUUAAACUUUCCAAAUGUUGACCUCGACAACCAUAUACGCUAGACAAGGUGGGAUCUUUUUGUGUUUGUAAAAUUUAAUUAUGGAAGAAAUGUCGCUGGAAACGCUUUUUAUGUGCAUAUAUGGAUAUAAUAACCAAGUAAACUUGGAGUCAUGCGAUGACAUGUUGUGUAGUCCUCCAACUACGACUCGGGAAAGCAUGCAGUUUAUUAGGCUACAGAUGACAUAAAUUAUGAUUAACUUCACAGGGUGUCCCUUUCCAAUAAAUAUGAAGGGGCUUACUUUUAUAAUAGUAUAAAAGUAAUCCUUCUACCCCCCCCCCCUUAAAAAAAAAAAAGUCGUUGUCCCACUGGCUAUCAUAAGUUGAAUGCACCAAUUUGUAUGUCGCUCUGGAUAAGAGCGUCUGCUAAAUGACGUAAAUGUAAAUGCUUAUUCUGGUGGCAUGAUUGAUGUUUGGCUAAUAUUCUCGCUCUUUUGUCCAUAAUAAUAAUAAUAAUAAUAAUAAUAAUAAUAAUAAUAAUAUAAUAAUAAUAAUAUGCCAUUUAGCAGACGCUUUUAUCCAAAGCGACUUACAGUCAUGCGUGCAUACAUUUUUGUGUAUGGGUGGUCCCGGGGAUCGAACCCACUACCUUGGCGUUACAAGCGCCGUGCUCUACCAGUUGAGCUACAGAGGACCACAAUCUCAUGCAGGCUAUACCCGCACUAUCUGCGAGCUGUGUUGGCUAGAGCGCACAUGCCAAUACCAGAGUUGGAACAUUUGCUAUGUAACGCAAUUUAUUUUGUGACAAAACUAUCAGUAGAGUUGAAAAUGCGAUGGAAACCCAUUUUAAUGUAUAUUUUUUAUUCGGUACAUGGGAAUUUAACCACAAAAGUAAUUUUUAUGUGUACUACGUCAUCACGCACAUACUUUUAUCCGCAACAAGUCAAUUUGAUGGAAACACAUCUCUGGUGAGAACAUUUGCAUAUUUUAUUUAUGUAGAUUUUAGAAUAUUCGCAUGAAAAUCUGUCGCCAAUUGGAUGCAAAAUUGGCUAGUGGGAGAAAAUGAGUGUCACGAUUAGGGGGAAACGCUUGAGUUGAUUUAAUAUUUGGAAAAGGGGUUUGAUUUUUAUCUUAGACAGUUAAUGCAACAAGGUGACACUUUUGGCCUGUGAGUUACGAUGGUUAGCUAUUUUAUUAGUAUUUAAUUGAGUCCAAUAAGCACAAUGUCACCAAAUGUGCCAUAACGUUACACAAUUUUGUGAAUGACUGUCGCCUAUCAAAGAGGGAGGGGAUGUGGGGGGGUGAUUGGCUGCGCAAAGAAUGCCAAACCAUCUCUCUAUCAUCACACCCCUCCCGAUCUCUUGUAGCUAAGACCAGGUGAAAAUACUAGUAUCCGAAUAUGGGUCAAAGCAUAACUUCCGGCAUAAAUACUAUCUUUACGAUGGACACCACAAUGAAGAAAAAACCUCAUCCUGGCUGUUCUCAUCACUAAUCCCCAUCUCUCUCUCUCCAUGAUCUUGUGAAAUCCUCAGCUUUUCUUCCUUUUGUGAACUGGACCAAGUUUUUGUCUCCCUUAACACCCUAGCUUGGCCGGCUGCAACCCCUGUAUGUAUGUAUAUAUGUAUAUAUGUAUAUAUAUAUAUCUAUAUAUCUCUCUCUCUCUCUCUCUCUCUCUCUCUCUCUCUCUCUCUCUCUCUCUUCUUUUCUCCCAUUUAAAUCCUCCAGACUGAAAGAGCAGUCUUCUCUCGCAAUUCAUCUUUCUUUGGUGGCUGCCUGUCAGUUGUGCACUUCCCUAGGUUGAAUGGAAUGCACGUUUGUGGUGGAGGUUGACUGAGACCUAGGGCUUCUGUUAAACUGCUUAAGUUUUGUAUAGUUAGGAAAACUUAAUCUGAUGAUUUCUCUCUCGGAUGAUACUGAACACGAAACCAAAACACCAAGUUAUGCUAUUAAAACAGGCACUAAAACAAUCAAAUGCUCCUGCGUCAUUAGUGAGUUGUAGUCAAAUAUUUGGAAGUGUCUGACUCCCGGGUUCAUUAGACCUAGGCCAACUUCUACCACAACCGCAACAUUUUGAAACAAAACUCAAGAGAGUCAGUUACAAGUAGGCUACAUUUAAACCCAGCUCAAAGCAGUCAGCUGCCCAAUCGAAACAGAGCUAGUCAGCCUGUGGCCUCAGUAAAGUAACUAAAGCAUCGGUGUGUGUGUUCGCCUGUUCCGUGUGUGUUUUUGUUUCCUGGAGCGCGAGCCAGCUGUCAGACAGGCUGUGUGUGGCAGUCAGAGCAGAGCCGAGCAGUGUGAAACAGAGCAGAGCAGACCAUGGGGACCUGGGGUUGGACAGAGGCCAUUUGCUUGGUGUCUGGCUGGGGCAGAAUCAACAGGAAGAGAGGAGGGGGGUGGGGAGCAGGGGGAGAGGGGUUGGAGUAGUGGAAGCGAAUGGGAGUUUUGGGUGUGCUGAGCGAAGGAUUAGUAGAUGGGAGAAGAAAAGUGUGUUUGCUUGGGAUGAGCGAGGCAAAGGAGUAACUGCUAGGAGGGAGGUGCUGGGCAAGAAUUUCAGGUUUUAGGAUUCCAAGGGGAUUCUGAAUUUCCAAGAUGUGUUUUGUGUUGUUUGAGACAUUUUCGAGUAUGUUGGUGAAAUAGCUUGAGGUGAGGUCAUUUGUUUGGAAUGGUGAGGUAUGCAGACAAUUACCCUGUUAGGGGUAGAAUGUUGCAUCUGUCCCUUUCUGGAUGCAAUUGGAGUCUUCCCUCUUAGCAAGAAACGACAGGAUAGACAGAGGGCAAGAGAAAGAGCAACCGAAAGGAUUGAAAGAGCGAGUGAGAGCAGAGAACGAGAAACAAGGUAGGAGAGAAAGAUGAACAAGAGGGGGUAAAGAAAGAAGGGUUCUCACAUUCACCCACUCCAGCACUGUAACACAAGGCCAGCCUCCUGCCUGUGACGAUGCCUCCCCAGUGCCCACAGCAAUCUGGCCCUGUGCUGCUUACACUCAAAACCAACCCUCAACAGCUGCUCACACUCACCCACAAAACCAACACUCAACAGCUGCUUACAAAACACCAGUGGGGCAGAGCUGAGCAUACUACACCCCCCCCCCCCACACACAUACAGUGGCUUGCGAAAGUAUUCACCCCCCUUGGCAUUUUUCCUAUUUUGUUGCCGUACAACCUGGAAUUAAAAUUGAUUUUUUGGGGGGGUUUGUAUCAUUUGAUUUACACAACAUGCCUACCACCUUGAAGAUGCAAAAUAAUUUUUUGUGUGAAACAAACAAGACAAAAAAAACAGCACUUGAGCGUGCAUAACUAUUCACCCCCCCCCCCCCCCCCCCCCCUCCCCAAGUCAAUACUUUGUAGAACCACCUUUUGCAGCAAUUACAGCUGCAAGUCUCUUGGGGUAUGUCUCUAUAAGCUUGGCACAUCUAGCCACUGGGAUUUUUGCCCAUUCUUCAAUGCAAAAUUGCUCCAGCGCCUUCAAGUUGGAUGGGUUCCGCUGGUGUACAGCAAUCUUUGUCAUACCACAGAUUCUCAAUUGGAUUGAGGUCUGGGCUUUGACUAGGCCAUUCCAAGACAUUUAAAUGUUUCCCCUUAAACCACUCGAGUGUCGCUUUAGCAGUAUGCUUAGGGUCAUUGUCCUGCUGGAAGGUGAACCUCUGUCCCAGUCUCAAAUAUCUGGAAGACUGAAACAGGUUUCCCUCAAGAAUUUCCCUGUAUUUAGCGCCAUCCAUCAUUCCUUCAAUUCUGACCAGUUUCCCAGUCCCUGCUGAUGAAAAACAUGGUGUUCUCGAGGUGAUGAGAGGUGUUGGGUUUGCGCCAGACAUAGUGUUUUCCUUGAUGGCCAAAAAGCUCAAUUUUAGUCUCAUCUGACCAGAGUACCUUCUUCCAUAUGUUUGGGGAGUCUCCCACAUGCCUUUUGGCGAACACCAAACGUGUUUGCUUAUUUUUUCUUUAAGCAAUGGCUUUUUUCUGGCCACUCUUCAGUAAAGGCCAGCUCUGUGGAGUGUACGGCUUAAAGAGGUCCUAUGGACAGUUACUCCAGUCUCCGCUGUGGAGCUUUGCAGCUCCUUCAGGGUUAUCUUUGGUCUCUUUGUUGCCUCUGAUUAAUGCCCUCCUUGCCUGGUCCGUGAGUUUUGAUGGGCGGCCCUCUCUUGGAAGGUUUGUUGUGGUGCCAGAUUCUUUCCAUUUUUUAAAUAAUGGAUUUAAUGGUGCUCAGUGGGAUGUUCAAAGUUUCUGAUAUUUACAUUUACAUUUUAGUCAUUUAGCAGACGCUCUUAUCCAGAGCGACUUACAGUUAGUGAGUUCAUCCAUUUUCAUACUGAUAUUUUUUAUAACCCAACCCUGAUCUGUACUUCACAACUUUGUCCCUGACCUGUUUGGAGAGCUCCUUGUUCUUCAUGGUGCCGCUUGCUUGGUGGUGCCCCUUGCUUAGUGGUGUUGCAGACUCUGGGGCCUUUCAGAACAGGUGUAUCUAUACUGAGAUCAUGUGACAGAUCAUGUGACACUUAGAUUGCGCACAGGUGGACUUUAUUUAACUAAUUAUGUGACUUCUGAAGGUAAUUGGUUGCACCAGAUCUUAUUUAGGGGCUUCAUAGCAAAGGGGGUGAAUACAUAUGCACACACCACUUUUCUGUUAUUUAUUUUGUAUAAUUUUUUGAAACAAGUAAUUUUUUUCAUUUCACUUCACCAAUUUGGACUUUUGUGUAUGUCCAUUACAUGAAAUCCAAAUAAAAAUCCAUUUAAAUUACAGGUUGUAAUGCAACAAAAUAGGAAAAACUUUUGCAAGGCACUGUACACACAAAAUUGUGCAUGCAUACACACACACACACACACACUAGCCAACCAAACCACACACACACACACAAAACAUCACAUGCACACAGGCGUAGAGGCAAAUGAAGCUGAAAAAGCUUAGCUGUAAGUCUUUAGGACUCUGAGCAGUCAGUUAAGUAUCUCCUCUACACAGUACUUGUUUCCAGCCCAGGUCCUAAGUACUGCGGUAAUAACAUGGAGGCUCUGACAUACGAAUAUUACACAGCAGAUUCUGUCUGUCUCACUAACAUUGUAUAAGGGGAUGCAGAGAAAAACAAUAGUCUGAUGGAUUUAUAAGUCUUGAGACACAAUGGUUGGUCUGUGAGAGUUCGUUCAGAUAUAGUUGUAGGGAGUUUGUGUGUAUCUAUCUCCAUUGUGGUUUGGGUAAGGAUGGUGAGUCAUUGGGAAACAAACACAGCGGCGUCCUCAUGUUGCUCUUUACGUCGGUCUCUGCCAAUGGGAUUACAGUAUGUGUUUGUCUCUGUGUUUUCACUUAGCCUAAUCUCUCUUUCUGUCUCUUGCGCUCUCUCUCUCCUCUUUCUCGCUCUCUCUCGUGCGCUCUCUCUGUUCUUUCUUUCUUUUAGGGUGGUGAAGGAAGAGAUCUCAGAUGAAAGUGCCAAGCUCCCCUGCUUCAACGGACGAGUUGUGUCAUGGGUAAGGGCAAACUGGUAGAGGUAGACUGUACACCGCUAUCUUGGACCAGUAAAAGACCAGUAGUAGAAGGGAGACAGAGGGGGGUAAUUCCUGAAUCGCUCCAAACUAUUUUUCCAGGACUGAAUUGUAAAAGUCAACUUCCCAAGUCAGAACAAUACUUCUGAAAUGGACCUAGCAGUUCAAAUAUAUCAUAAAGUGAGCUUUGAACCAGAGCCAGAAAUGUAGACUACAGACUCUGGCAAACUCAGUCUGAGAUUCAGAGUUGAAACCAUCGCCAUAUUGGCAUCAAGUUCCAACACCAUUAUAUGAUCUUCUAGGAAUGCCAAUUAGAAUGUUAUUGUCAUGGAACGUUUGGUGCCAACAUGGCGGGCAUUUCUUUAACCACCUCUAGCUAUGGCCCUACUUUAGCUACUAAUAGAGCAUUGACAAAAACCCACUAUCAUAAACACCUUGUUCUGUGAACGUAACAUUGACAAAACCAAGGUAUUUCCUACAUCCUCAAAUUUCCUCACUUAUGAUUAUAUUACCUACCCUAAAGAACAUGCAGGAUAUGAGUCCUGCAGACAAAACAUUGUGACUUGUCCCGGAUAAGGGGGGUUGGGAGGAAAGCAUCUGCUAAGUGCAUAAGAAGGAGAAGAAAUGAGGGAGAGGAUUGGACAAAGAGAGGAGACCAUAGGGACUGACACAUGAUAGGAUGGAGGGAUGAUCCCAGAGGGACGAGUGCUCUAUAGUCAAAGAGCCAUUAGAAGAGAGGGAAGAAAUAAAGCUUAAAGAAAAGAAAGGGGGAAAGUGUUAUGUGGCACUGUGUCUCUGACACCUGGGAGGGGAUAUUCAAUCAAAACUGCAAACUGGUUUUCAGGGGAAGGUUCAGGACAGAACUUUAUCCAUGAAACUAGAACACAUUUGAAUGGAUGCUUUGUUCAGUCUUUCAUAGAGAAACUAAAAUGUAUAGAAACCCAGAAUCUCUGUUGAAAGAUAGUUUGUUAGUGUUUCAGCCCCUCUCCAAGCAGACUGGUCUGUAUAGGAGUAUGUUUGGUCUGUGUAGGAGUAUGUUAGGUCUGUAUAGGAGUAUGUUUGGUCUGUAUAGGAGUAUGUUUGGUCUGUAUAGGAGUAUGUUUGGUCUGUAUAGGAGUAUGUUUGGUCUGUAUAGGAGUAUGUUUGGUCUGUAUAGGAGUAUGUUUGGUCUGUAUAGGAGUAUGUUUGGUCUGUAUAGGAGUAUGUUAGGUCUGUAUAGGAGUAUGUUAGGUCUGUAUAGGGGUAUGUUAGGUCUGUAUAGGGGUAUGUUAGGUCUGUAGGGACGCCUUGCGCUAGGUCAGGGAUGGGCAACUGGUGGCCCGUUGAUGGACCUUUGAUCAAAAAAACGAAGGUAACAAUCUAAAGAAUGUUAGCUGACAUGGGCUAAUUGACUGACUAUCAGUGACUGACAUAACAAAAAUGUUAAAUCAUAAUUCCUCCUGAAAAAAAUAAAAAAUCCUCCAUCCUCACUAUUAUCCCCUUUCCCGCUCUGACCACCCCCUCCAAAUCUCUGUCCCUCGUCUGUCCACCCCCUCCAAAUCUCUGUCCCUCGUCUGUCCACCCCCUCCAAAUCUCUGUCCCUCGUCUGUCCACCCCCUCCAAAUCUCUGUCCCUCGUCUGUCCACCCCCUCCAAUUCUCUGUCCCUCCUCUGUCCACCCCCUCCAAUUCUCUGUCCCUCCCUCUCUCCUCCUCUCCUCAGUUGGUUUCAUCAGACACGCCAGGAGCAGCAGAGCCAGUAUCACCAGUCCUUCCUCCGCCCCCAGCAGAAGUCCGGCCCCCGCCCUCACCCCCUCCUCCUGUCCCACCCCCACCUGUUGAGAGGACCGGGGGCAUCGGUGACUCCAGACCCCCGUCGUUCCAGUAGGCGCACACACCCUCUCCCACAGUCCCAAUAAUCAGUGUGCUACUCUAAUGUAUCUCUCACAUUGUAUCCAACAUAUUCUAUAACAGAAUACCUCAGUCACUCCAGCUAUCACGUUACCUACUGUUAAAUACAACGGUCCAUUUGAACAUGAUCUUAGCCUGUGCCGCCCAUUGACAGUAAGCACCUGGUCUGGGAACAGGUUCUAGUCAUUGUCUGUCUAGAUCAUAAUACACUGCAAACCUGUGUUCAGAUAGUAUUUAAAAUCAUUAGCUGCACUAGAUUGAGUUUGCCUGGCGCAAUAGGACCAAUGGAAUGGCCGCAGAAGUACAAAGCCGCCAUCAAGCACUCAAGGCAGACUAAAGUAAUAGCUCAAAGUUCUUGAAAAUUAAAAUUUCAAAUACUAUUUGAACCCAGUUGUGAUAUACAGUACCACUACUAGGCUUGAUCCAUUGCUUCCUAUUCAUACACAUGGUAUGGGAGCUGUCUGUCCUCAUAGGUCGUAAUACGAUCUGGGUUGUAGCUUAUAUUAUUAGAGGUUAUGUGUGCGCUUCUAUUUGUGUUUUAUUAGGUAAUGUAUGUCACAGAGCCGACAUACAAUACCAUCUCUCAUUCACCCAUAGAAUUAAAAUGAGGAGAACGGACGUUCUCAUUCAAAGUCAUUCUAAUUCUAUGUUUUCCCUACUUUAACCCUCUCCCUAUGCAGUCCCAAUGCAGCAGGCAGUGUGGAGAACCUGGACGACCAGACAGAGACGGAGUCUGUGGUGUCCUUCAGGAGAGAGAGACCCAGACACAGGGAGGCCAUGGAGCAACAUGGUGAGCACUCUGCACUGCACAGUCUACUGUCACAUGAUGGUUUCCACUAGAUAGAACAGCCACAAAGUCAAAAUGGCUAUAUGUUAAAAAUUCACGAAAACAAAGUUGUUAUUUUUGGUCCUAAUUUAAGGUUAGGCAUAAGGUUAGCAGUGUGGUUAAGGUUAGGUUUAAAAUAUCGUUUUAAAAAGAGACAUUUUAGAAAUAGGCAGGGUUUAUGACUUUGUGGCUGUGGUAACUAGUGACGACCCCAUGAUGGAACAGCACUGGGUCAUGUUCAGUAGGGCACUGUAAUGGAAAAUGUUGCUAUGGAAAAUGACAAUUGAGCGUUUCUUAUUGGGCAAUGUCAGGCUUCCCAUUUCAAAAUGUUUUCUUCUGUUUUGUGUCUACUGAACAGUGGGAAUAGCAAUUGACAUUGAUAACAUGAAUAAACAUGAAAUCCAUAGUAAACCUUCUAUAUCGUUAUCUCUCUCUCUCUUCCUUUUCUCCCCCGCUCUCAUAUCUCUCCAUCGCUGGUGCGUCAGGGCCGAGGAUGAACGGCCAGAGCCGCAUGGUGCGCCACCUAGCGGGCUAUGAGAGCGCUACCACGGUGAUGAGCAGCGAGCUGGACACCACCAGUUUCUGUGACUCUGAGGAUGACGACACCAUGAGCCGGUUCAGCAGCACCACGGAGCAGAGCACGGCGUCCAGGCUGCUGAAACGCCACCGCAGGCGCAAGAAACAGCGCCCGCCCAGGCUAGAAAGGGUAAUGGAUGCACUAGUCUUUUAUUUCUUCUUCUCUUUUGUUGACUUAUUAAAAGUUUGACUUAAACCAUUGAAAGUCAGAAAUGUCCCAUUCUGCGUUGGAAUGUAUUGUAUUUUGAUUGUGUUUUUCCCUAUUUCUUGUCCCAGGCGUCGUCGUUCAGCAGUGUGACGGACUCCACCAUGUCUCUAAACAUCAUCACCGUCACGCUCAACAUGGGUCAGUAACGUCACACUGUCUGUUCCCCAACACCACUCCCCUUCUCAUGUCAUCUUCCAUCCAUCUCUCUGACCCUCUCUUUGGCUGUCAUGCUUUUCCACUCAUUAUUUCAUACCUCUACCUAACCAGUACUCUGCGCGUCCAUUUUGAAAAACCUCCAGUCGUUCUUGAAAUGGCCUAGAAAUCCUAGCCUGGUGAAACCUGCCUGAUCUUGCAAUAGCUCACAUUCUGCGAAGUGAAACAAAUGUUAAGCGCUCAGUCUGCUUGACCAGGCUAUAGACAUCCACCCCUCCAACACGUUUCUGACCUGUGACCUGAACUCCAUGUCUCACCACCCCUUACUCCCGUCUCUCCUCCUGCCACGUCUCUGUUCUUCUGUCUUCACUUGCUGUCACCUUUUUCACCAACUCUUACCACCACCUCUCAAUGACAUUCUUUAUCUCAGGGGACUUCCUUCCUAAAAGUUUAAGAUUAAAUCAACGAUUUCCUCUUCCCUCCCACAGAGAAGUAUAACUUCCUAGGCAUCAGCAUCGUGGGUCAGAGUAAUGAGAGAGGGGACGGGGGCAUCUAUAUCGGUUCCAUCAUGAAGGGAGGGGCGGUGGCCGCCGACGGACGCAUCGAACCCGGGGACAUGCUGCUUCAGGUGUGUGUGUGUGUGUGUGUGUGUGUGUGUGUGGCCGACCGGGGUGACUACAGGAUGUCACUAGAUAGCCAUAUAUAACUGGUGAUUGAAUACAGGACGUAUUUGUUCUUAAGUUAUGAUCGGACCGUUCAUAUCUACGGACUCUUUGUCUUUCUCCUCAAGGUGAACGACAUCAACUUUGAGAACAUGAGCAACGACGACGCGGUGCGUGUGCUGAGGGAGAUCGUACAUAAACCAGGGUGCGUGUCAGACCUAAGGACUACAGUACAUUUACACCACCUUUGUCUAUGCUCAAUGGGGAAUGAUACCUGUCCGUCUGUAUCUCCCUCAGGCCCAUCGUCCUGACAGUGGCUAAGUGCUGGGACCCGUCACCUCAGGGCUACUUCACCCUUCCCCGCAGUGAGUAGCAGGCUGCAUAGAGUUGUACAGCUACUCUAUCUCUACGGUCUUUAGACACUGAGUGGACAUAACAUUAGGAACACCUUCCUAAUAUUGAGUUGCCCUCAGAACAGCCUCAAUUUGUCGGGGCGUGGACUCUACAAGGUGUCGAACGCGUUCUGCAGGGAUGCUGGUCCAUGUUUACUCCAAUGCUUCCCACAGUUGUGUCAAGUUGGCUGAAUGUCUUUUGGGUGGUGGACCGUUCUUGAUACACACGGGAAACUGUGGAGUGUGAAAAACCUAGCAGUGUUGCUGUUCUUGACACACUCAAACCAGUGCACCUGGCACCUACUACCAUACCCUGUUCAAAGGCACUUAAAUGUUUUGUUGCCCAUUCACACUCUGAAUGGCACACAUACACAAUCCAUGUCUCAAUUGUCUCAAGGCUUAAAAAUCCUUCUUUAACCUGUCUCCUCCCCUUCAUCUACACUGAUUGAAGUGGAUUCAACAAGUGACAUCAAUAAGGGAUCAUAGCUUUCACUUGGAUUCACCUGGUCAGUCUGUAAUGGAAAUAGCAGGUGUUUCUAAUGUUUUGUACACUCAGUGUAUAGCGGGGCCAUCAGUACUUUAUCCUUUUUGUUUCCGAUGAAUAAAUGAGAUCUCUUGUCGCCCCCCUCGCUGUAGAUGAGCCGAUCCGGCCCAUAGACCCAGCAGCAUGGGUUAGCCACUCGGUAGCCCUAGCGGGGGCGUACCCCCCCUACACCGGCAGCUCUGCUCUCAGCACCAUCACCACCACCUCUGUCACUGAGACAGAACGUGAGUACUGCACGUUCUCUUUCUUUCUUUUUUUCUAUCUACUCUUUUUAGCCCCUCUCUCUCUCUCCAUAUUACCACUCUUUUCAACUCCUCCAUUUACCUUCUCUCGCUCUCCACUUGACCCAAGUCUACUCUCUCUUACUUUCUCUUCCUCUUUGUUUCUCUCGUCUCUGCCCUCCUCCCUCUCUCUGCUAUCUUUUAUUUUAUUGCGGUCUAUCCAUCCCUUUGUCGUGUGCCAGGCGUUUUAUACCCGGCCUUGGCACAGGAAGCACCGGCCACAUCUGUCUUUCUCUUCUAGUUUACAGUGUUUUAUGUGGUCAAUGAUGGCUGUCUACCUCCCUCAGUUUCUCCCUCCUUUUCUAUACCUCUCUCCUCAAUCCUUCUCCCCUCGCUCUCCUUUUAUUUAUCUCCCUAUCUUCUACCUUUUUCUUUAUUUCUCUCUCCCCCUCUCUUUUUCUCCCUCCCUCCCUCAUCUCUCUUACUCCUUCUCCGUCUCUCCAGGUUUCGAUGACUUCAACCUGUCCCUCCACUCUGACAUGGCGUCGGUGGCCAAGGCCAUGGCCUCCCCAGAGUCUGGCCUGGAGGUCAGAGACAGGAUGUGGCUCAAGAUCACCAUCCCUAACGCCUUCCUGGGUGAGUUAGAGCGUGUGUGUGUGGGGGGGUUAGAGGGCCAUAGUCAGGCCUCUGUAUCAAGAUCAAAAAGGAAACAUUAAAGGGAUCAAACUGAGCAACUCUUUCCCCUCUCUCUCUCUCUCGUGUGUCCGUCUCCAGGUUCUGACGUGGUGGAGUGGCUGUACCACCACAUCGAGGGCUUCCAGGACCGCCGCGAGGCCAGGAAGUACGCCAGCAACCUGCUGAAGGCCGGCUUCAUCCGCCACACUGUCAACAAGAUCACCUUCUCAGAACAGUGCUACUACAUCUUCGGAGACUUCAGCGACUGUGAGAACUGUGAGUACCAGGGGGAUACUUAUGCUGGAGGAAAAACCGAAAAUAAAAACAGUAGUCAUUUUGAUUGCUUUUUUGGUAUUUUAUUAGGAUCCCCAUUAGCUGUGCAAAAGCAGCAGCUACUCUUCCUGGGGUCCACACAAAACAUGACAUAAUGCAUAACAUUAAUAGACAAGAACAGCUCAAGGACAGAACUACGUACAUUUUUAAAGGCACACGUAGCCUACAUAUCAAUACAUACACACAAACUAUCUAGGUCAAAUAGGGGAGAGGUGUUGUGCCGUGAGGUGUUGCUUUCUGUUUUUUGAAACCAGUUUUUAUUUUUAUUUGAGCAAUAUGAGAUGGAACGGAGUUCCAUGCAAUAAUGGCUCUAUAUAAAUUAACUUAUUUGUGGAAAGGUUAAUGCCUAUAUCUUCUCAAUAUCUGGAAGAGCUUGUAGUAAAUCAGAAGGAAGGGAAGCGCUGAGGGACACAAUAGUAGAUUCUGGUAGAUAGAAGGAGCUCGUUGGUAAAAGGGGUAAAUUGAUCAUCAUAUAAUUAAUUAAAAUGUCUUUAUUUGUAUGGCAUGUUCAAUAGAAACAAAGUUUAAAAACUCUGACGCGUUUCGGCUGUAUGGCCUUCGUCAGGGAGUACAAAGAUAUGGUAAGCUGUAAGAGCUUAUUCAAACCCUUUGGCCAAAUGAGUUCUUCAACCAGUUAAAGUUGAACUCUCUCUCCUCGGCCCCUCCCUCUUCACUUCUCCCCAUCUCCAGACAUGGCCAACCUGUCCCUGAUUGACAACGACGGCUCCAGCGGGGCCUCCGACCAGGACACCCUGGCCCCCUUGCCCCUCCCGGGGGCCACACCCUGGCCCCUGCUACACUCCUUCCCCUCCUUCCAGUACCCCCACCCCCACCCCUACUCCAGCCAGCCCCCACCCUACCACGAGCUGUCCAGCUACAGCUUCGCUCCAGGCAGCACGGGCACUGCCAGUCAGCACAGCGAAGGUAAGACCAAGUGGGGAGGGAGGGAGGGAGGAAAGGAGGGAAAGAGGGUCAGGGAGGGUGUCACAUUGGUGGCCAAUUUCCAAAUUGUCUGCAUUAUGGACACUGAAGAAAUAACCGUAUAUGUAUGAGAGCUGGCAGUUUUUAAGCGGUUUGAACCAGUUCUAACCACUGUGUUUAUCCCCCUAGGGAGUCGGAGCAGUGGGUCGACGCGGAGCGAGGGGGGUGAGAGGCGACGAGGCAGUAAGGGGGGUCAAGGCAGUACGGCGGGGGGGGCAGGAGAAAAGUCCCCCUCUGGAGGAGGGGAAGGGGGUGACUCUCGCUCGGGCAGCGGCAGCGAAUCGGAAUACUCCGUCCGCAGCAGCCUGAGGCGGGGCCAUGGCUCGGCCACGCCUAGCGAGCACAGCCACUCCUCCCAGCGCUCGCAUCAUCACCGCAUGCCACCGCCCCCCCACAUGUCGCCCUAUCCCCCCGGGAUGCCCAUGCCCUACAACCCUAUGAUGGUGAUGAUGGUGCCCCAGCACCCACACCCACACAUGGGACCCCCAAACAUGGGACACCCCCACCAGUACACCCAGCAGCACCCCUCGGUCCCCAUGGGCAUGGGCCCCUCUGUCCCUGGGGGACCACCCGGGGCCCCCCCAACCCGUGACCUGGGCUCUGUGCCCCCCGAGCUGACUGCCUCGCGCCAGUCCUUCCACCUGGCCAUGGGCAACCCCAGCGAGUUCUUUGUGGAUGUCAUGUAG